UUUUGGGUGAAAAUUGUGCUGGCCUCCUGGCAUUGUUUUUUGGGCAAUUAUAACAAGCUUAAAGAGUCAGUCAGAUCGCAGGACUCAGCUUGAUCUUCUUCUCCCAAUUCGAUUGCUGCAGCCUGAGUUUUUCUCGCGCUCCGGUAAUUUCAAUGGCGGCCAUAAUCCGCCUGGUAACGCCCAAAUCCGCCUUCACGUCCUUGGCGAGGAGAUGCUUAUCUGCAUCUGCCGCAUCCGGUGCCAAUUCUCACACACCUCCGUACAACAUCUCUUCCGUCAUUCCGAAACCUCAGCUUUCACGUAAAGGUCAGGAGGAUGGGGAUGUUCAGUGGGUCUUCUUGGGCUGCCCUGGCGUCGGCAAAGGUACCUACGCUAGCCGCCUAUCUACUCUGAUCGGUGUCCCGCACAUCGCCACCGGUGAUCUCGUUCGCGAAGAGCUCGCAUCCUCUGGCCCCCUUUCUGCCCAGCUGUCAGAAAUUGUAAAUCAAGGUGAAUUGGUCUCAGAUGAAAUUAUAAUCAGUUUAUUAUCGAAGAGACUGGCUGAAGGGAAAGCCAAAGGUGAAUCAGGAUUUAUUCUUGAUGGUUUUCCUCGAACAAUUAGGCAAGCAGAAAUAUUGGAAGGGGUAACUGACAUUGACUUGGUAAUCAAUCUGAAGCUUCGAGAAGAUGUACUUCUUGAGAAAUGCCUUGGCAGAAGAAUCUGCAGCCAGUGUGGUGGAAAUUUUAACGUGGCCUCCAUUGACAUCAAGGGUGACAACGGGAGUCCAGGAAUUAUCAUGGCUCCGCUUCCCCCUGCCCAGUGUAUGUCAAAGCUUAUUACUCGUUCAGAUGAUACUGAAGCAGUAGUCAAAGAAAGGCUUCGUAUAUACAAUGAAAAGAGUCAACCUGUGGAGGAGUUCUACCGCAGUCGAGGCAAGCUAUUGGAGUUUGACCUACCAGGAGGGAUCCCAGAAUCUUGGCCAAAGUUGCUGCAAGCGCUUAAUCUUGAUGAUUAUGAGGACAAGCGAUCUGCUGCAGCAUAGUAUAUGAUGAUAUGUACAAUGAAAGUGAGUAUUUUAUUCUUUGCAUGCUUAUGUUGCAUGCUUGGCGAUUUUGCAGGAAAGAAAACAGAAGGGGACUUCUCUCUUAAUAUUUACAAGUUACAACGAUUAUAGUGAUAUGAGUAAGUGUUGUAAUAUUGUAAUCUGGUCAAGCUUAGCCUUGCUAGGCUUUUCAUCAUCAUCAUUGAAUAUUUCAUUACACAUGACAGGAUCUCUGCCAGGCUUCAUAGAUGAAUGUUUUAGUAUAGGUAUCAAUAAUGAGCGAUGCAUCACUACUGUAUGUUGUACGAUAUACCGUAAUAUGAAUGACCUAAUCUUAUUGCCC